AGAAAAGGCAUCGUGGGCGGUGCGCGCUCCAGGGACGCGUGCGCGCGCGCCCAGCAUUCCGCGCGAGCCAGAAGGCAGAGGGAACGCGAGCAGACUGCACGCCUGGCCCAGCGAGCGAGCCCCAGCCGGUGAGCGGGCGAGCGAGAGGGCGAGCGCCCGUGGAGCCCGCGUGGAGGGAGCCGCCGAUUGAGCCCCAAGAUGAACACCCUGCUGUCGCGGGCCAACUCGCUGUUCGCCUUCACGCUGAGCGUCAUGGCGGCGCUCACCUUGGGCUGCAUCCUCACCACCGCCUUCAAAGACAGGAGCGCGCCAGUGCGCCUGCACGUCUCCAGGAUCCUGCUCAAAAAAGUGGAAGACUUCACUGGACCCCGGAAAAAAAGCGACCUGGGCUUCAUCACGUUCCACAUCUCGGCCGAUCUGGAGAAGACUUUCGACUGGAACGUCAAGCAGCUCUUCCUCUACCUCUCUGCAGAAUACUCCACCAAAAGCAACGCCGUGAACCAGGUGGUCCUCUGGGACAAGAUCCUUCUGCGAGGCGAGAACCCCAAGCUGGAUCUGAAAGAUGUCAAAAGCAAGUAUUUUUUCUUUGACGACGGACACGGUCUCAAGGGAAACAGGAAUGUCACUUUGACUCUGUCCUGGCAAGUUAUACCGAUUGCUGGCAUUCUGCCUCUUGUGACUGGAUCCGGACGCGUGUCUGUCCCGUUUCCAGAUUCUUAUGAAAUAGCCACGGCUUUCUGAAGAACUCUCUCUGCGUCUGAAUAGGGACAUCUGUGUGCUUAAGGAAUCAUAGUUUAAAAAAAGUGUUCAGAAUCGGAAGGAAAUCGUGUUAUAAUAACCCGUUUCUUUGUGUGUGGCCUCCCUGCAUGUUCAUAUUUAGAAGCAGACUUUUGUUCAUCUCUUUGUAAAGCAUGCUUGAUUCCUGAAAAAACAGCUAAUAUGAUUAUUUGUUAAAUGUUGUAAGUGGUGGCAAUAAGGUGACUAACAACUUUUUCUGAAGUGAAUAUAUCUUUAAUCUGUAAAUCAUUGUCACAUUUAAUGGCUAUUUGUCUAGGAAUUAUACGUGUUUCCAGGCUUUCCCUACAAAGCUUUUCACGCUUUACAUCUUUUUAAAAAUAAUGUUUUAUGUUGUUAUUGAAAGUUGAAAAUGUUUGCAUGACUUCCCAAUGAAUGAAGCUUGGUUCAGUGUGUAUACUUACUAUCGCUAGGUGCUAAUUAUGUACAAUUCUCGGAAAGUCUCCAUUUGAAUAAUUUUUGGAGUAAUAAUAAUACUCAUAGUUUGGUUUUCCAUUUACAGACUCUCUUAUAUGUUAUUGUAUUCUAUGGACAAUAAUCUAGUGAUGUAUAUAAUACAAACAUAGGCUCUUUGCAGAUGAAGAAUGUGAAACACUGAUGAUGGGGAAUCCAUGCUUAAACAGCUAGCAAAGAAUGGAGUUAAACUUUGAUCUUGGGUAUUCUGAUUCCCUGAGUUUAUUCCAUCUCUUAUGCCUGAGAUGAACUUGUAGUACAAUUUUGUUUAUAAUUAAUGUUGUGUUUGUGUAACCCUGAAACCUUUUGUCUUGAUAUCUCUGAUAUUACACAAAAGUAGCCUGUGCUCAAGUUGUUUAAAAACACUGCUAUAGAAAUUAUAUUUCAUUUCACUCUC